AUGCGACUCUUCCACCACACCGCCCUGGCGCUCGCGUCGGCCGUGAGCGCCGCGCAGGCAGCAAAGGACCCCUCGGCCGUUCACUUCCACCUGGGACUCAACCUCAAUGUGCAGCCGAGCGGUGUCAAAGCGGUGUACGAGAAGGUGCCAAUAGAGAUGUACAGGUUGACGAACAUUGGCAAUGUCCGGGCGUCUGAGAUUGCGUUUAGGGAUACCUCGUCCAAGACGGAUGGGAUUCAAUGUCGAGCGUACAUCGACAGCAAAGGCACCGAGCCAAUCGGCACGCCCUUUACAAACGCCAACACCGUGAUCUUGAGCAAAAGCAACAUCGUCAAAGUCAGCGCGGUGCUGUGCUACUACUACGAGGACGCCAGCCCGGCCGCGCCAGGCGGUAAAGGGAAGCACUCCAAAACGAUCACUCAGACUGGAACGAAGAAACACACGGCCAUGAAGACGAAGACGAAAGCAGCGCAUAGCACCGCCAAGCACCAUACUGACAAGCAUCAUACGGGCACGAAAGCGUCGUCGUAUCACUUGGAUACCAUGACGACUGUGACGAAGACGAAGAAGCACCACACCACUGCUACCGCGUACAAGACUCGCUCGCACAAAACCAAGGGCCAUCAUUCCAAGGGCGAAGGGCAGCAGACUAAGGGCAAGGAUCACCACACCAAGGGCGAAGGGCAUAAGACCAAAGGCCAGGGAGAGAAUACCAAAGGGAACAGCGACAAGGGGCAUCACACUAAGGGGAAGCAUGAUGCUACCGCGUCGCCAUCCGUGACGGGCAGCGUUGGUUCGACGAUGGAGGAGUGA